CAGGUAACAAGAACAAGAAGCUGCUGGUUUCCGUGUCAUUUCGCAUUUUUAAAAGAAGGCUCGAAUGUCCCAGAAAGCGCUGAAAGUCUGGGCUGAAGUCAAACUCGGAGCGGUUUCUUGUCCCGGAGUUCGUCUGUCAGCCAAAGAUGACAUUUUCCUCAGCUUGUUCUUCAUGGAUCAGCUCCAUCAGUCCGAGAGUCUUCCUGCCGUCUUUCCUCUGCUGUUCCACCAGAAGAUGACGUUUGAAAAGAUCUUCAGGCAUGCAGCUGAUCCAAAAGACAUCGCUCUGCUGCUCGAGAAGGAAACUGUCAGGAUAGAACUGGUGCAGCUGAUUCCUCCAGCUGGAGACACCCUGGCUUCCUAUGAAGAAGACGCUCGAAGUUUCUUGUUUCCAGAGCCCAAACUUGUUCCCCCGUUCUCCGGAUUGGGUCGAGAGGUUCUGAUGAUGAGAGCUGCUCACUUCCGUGUCACCUCCCUCCUUACUUUUGCUUUUGUUGUGGGACUUGUUACCCUAGAGACUUGCGGCGUCCGCAUGGCCGGCAGUCGGACGUUCUGCCUCGCCCGAAUGUUCCGCAUUGUUUACCAGCCUCUCUUCUUCACCUUUGCCCAGGUCUUCCUCCACAG